AUGAACAACCUGGCUCUUACCGGCAAAGAAAUACAUGAAACCAUCGAUGUCGCUGAGGGAGAAGAUCCAUAUAUUGAUUCCAAUAUACCACUUUUUAUUUUCCCUGACUUUGAUACUGACAUAUACGAUCCCUUUCAUCGAACGAUCCUAAAUUUGGACCCCAAUUCCCAGAUGGCAUUUCCAGUGGAUCCUAUCAUAGAUAACCAGAUGGAUCUUGGCCAUAUGGUGCAAUCUCAAGUUUUAGAAGGCCUAGAGCAAGCAAGAACAAGGGAUAUCGUCACCUAA